AUGCUAUUAACCAAGUCGCUCUCUCGAGUCGUCGCACGCUUACGUGGUCCCAGUCGACGUUACUUUGCACUUGAUCAACAUAUUGAUGAGUCGAUCUUGUCUGGUUUUUCGCUCAAAUUAUCGGAUGAUCAACGUGAAUUUCAACAUCUGGCUCGUAAAUUUGCACGUGAAGAGAUGAUUCCAAUGGAGAAAGAGUAUGAUCAAAGUAUGCGAUAUCCACAGGAGAUUUUUCAAAAAGCGUGGGACUUGGGACUUGUGAAUCCGCAUAUUCCGGAACAAUAUGGUGGAUUAGGACUUGGGUCAUUGGAUGGAUGUAUUAUUGGUGAAGAAUUAGCAUAUGGAUGUACAGGCAUGGCAACAGCAAUGGAAGCAAAUAGUCUUGCCAUUGCACCCUUACUUGUUGCUGCUUCCGAUGCACAAAAGAAGAAAUACUUUGGAUGGCUUGUCGAGGAACCAAUUCAAGCUGCUUAUUGUGUCACGGAACCAGGUGCUGGGUCUGAUGUAGCUGCUGCAAAGACAAUAGCACGUAAGAAAGGAGAGAAAUGGAUUAUUAAUGGAUCGAAAAUGUGGAUUACUAAUGGUGGUGUCGCGAAAUGGUUUUUUGUAUUGGCGAAAACGGACGUGAAAGCGAAUGCUGGCUCGGCUUUUACAGGUUUUAUCAUUGAUGCUGAUAGUCCAGGUAUUACCAUUGGACGUAAGGAGAUUAAUAUUGGACAACGUUGUUCUGAUACGCGAGGUAUUACCUUUGAAGAUGUUGUUGUACCAGAAAAGAAUGUCUUGGGUGAUCCUGGGUACGGCUUUAAGAUUGCAAUGCAGGCUUUUGACAUUACACGACCACCUGUGGCAAUUGGUGCCGUCGGAUUGGCACGUCGAGCUUUUGAUGAAGCUCGCAAGUAUGCGUUAGAGCGGAAAACAAUGGGUUCACCUAUUGCAAUGCAUCAAGCUAUCCAGUUUAUGUUGGCUGACAUGGCCACGGGCAUUGAAGCGGGUCGUCAGCUUACGUAUAAGGCCGCAUAUGAGAUUGAUUGUGGUCGCAAGAACACCAUGUAUGCUUCGAUGGCCAAGCGUUUUGCUGGCGACCAUGCCAACAAGGUGGCUGCAGAUGCUAUUCAAAUCUUUGGUGGCGCUGGGUUCAAUACCGAGUAUCCUGUCGAGAAACUUUUUCGCGAUGCCAAGAUCUAUCAAAUCUACGAGGGCACGUCUCAGAUCCAGCGUAUGAUUAUUGCGAAGGAGAUGUUUUCGCGUGAGUCAAUGGAUCCGUAA